CUGACUCUGGGCGGGUUUAAAAGGUAUUUGUUACACCUGUGCCCAGGUAACUGGUUCCUCCCACAACUGUCACCUGGUACAGGAUGUGUAAGUGACCCGGGUGAAAGUCCCAGCCUGACUGUGCGCAAUCAAUCAGGAAGGGAAUCGGGGGAGAGCAGGGAGGUUGCGGGGCAAUAACAACAACAACAACUUACAUUUGCAUAGCACCUUUCACGUCAGCAGCGUGAGUGACAAGAUGCAGAACCGUGACCUGGGCAACGAGAUCGAGGACCAGUUUAAUGAUGUGUUGAGCCGAUUUCAAAGCAAGGAACUCUUUCAGUCGAAUUGGGACAUCGCCACCUUCGCUAUUUUCCUCACAUUUAUCGCUACCGUGAUCCUCCUCAUUCUCCUGGUGUUGGUGCGCUGCUGCUGUUGCUGUUGCUGCUCUUCAUCUAAGUCUCGGAAGACCAAGGUGGGGGUGGACAACUUAGGGAUGGAACCCUAGAGCUGGAAUGAUCACUGACCAGACUCUGCCUCUCAUUGUGUCUUAAUGAUCUUACUGAUGGGGAAAAGGCGUAUCCAUGUGGUUUUAGUUAGUUAGCCCCAGCAGCUUUCUGAAUCAGCCAAUUUCUCAUCACUUUAAUAAUAUCAUAAAGCCAUCUUUUUGUUUAUUGGGUUUAAUUGAGCAACACUACAAAAUUGGGCGUUUUAAUUUCGAUUCUAGGUGACAGAAAUUGUUGUGUGUGUAAAAAAAAAGUGUAAAAACGUCAAUGGUUGUGAGGCAUGCAGAACUUCUCAGCUGAUCAGUGUUGAGAGACAAACUGGGCGAUGGUUAGGUACAUGUUCUGACCUAUCUCUGCUGUGGAACCAAACGCAGGCAGCUCUGCAGUACUUUCCUGAUCAGCGUUCCAGCACGCACACCCCUGAGCUUGCAGUUUACAAAUACCCAGGUUACUGAGCUGUGUGAACCAGUCGCCUUAAUGCAAUCAAAGUUCAUGUGAGGCUGAGGUGGGUGUGGAGUGUUAAAGUUCACUGGUGUUCACUGACGCACAACUCAAAACAAAUAGCAAGAUCACAAGAUGGGUUCGGAUGAAGAAGGUCCUUCAAACCAUCUGAUCUCAUCCCUCACCCACCCUACUGUUUCCCCCACCCCAUCACAGCAUUGCGCUGCUUUUUAAAUAAGUUCCAGUGUCCUGGCCUCAACCACCCUCCUUAGUAAUCCUGUUCCAGGCAUUAAUUACCCUCUGAGUAAAGGGAUGUGAGUGUAGUCUCCUACUUGUGAGAAAUCCUUUUGUUCCCGGGAUUCUCAUGAACCUGCACUGCUUUCCCUUGCUUUAAUAGUUGUCGGGGCCAGUCUCACACUAAUAAACCAUCACUGCCUGACUUUUAUACUCCACGGCUCGCGUGUAAAACUGUAAUAAAGCGCAAACGGAUGUUCAGGAUCCUGUUUGUCCUUUUAGCAGCGUUGUCCACCUGCAAUCCCACCUGCAAUGAGCUCUGUCUUUGCUCUCCGCACGCCUCUGUUUGGCCUUUGAGAAUCCCCCCACCCCAGGUAUAAUUCCUCUCUCACAAAAUCCGUCACCUCACACGUGUCUAUGCUGAACUCCAUUUGCCACAAACCUGCCCACUCUGCGAUCCCUUCACUAUCUUCCCGCAGCUUCCUCAUUCCCUGUCGCUGUGAACAUCUCCUGAUCAACAGCAAAUUUAGACAUUAGUUGCGUCUGUUUUUGAAAUCACUGAAGUGUAUUGAAGUGUAUUGAAGUUGCAAAGAUUGCAACUGCCUGGACCUUAAACUGAAAUGAAUAAAUUAAUGACUACCAGUCUCAUUUA